AUGCGGCGAUGGAUGGCGGCGGCACGACCCGGCAGCCGCGGCAGGGGAACCAUCAGCCGCGGCGGGAGUCAGGCAGCGGCGGCUCCGCGCCAUGGCGGCGGCGCAUUGGCCGUGGCGGUGGUGGCCUGCAGCUGCUGCGGGAGGCGGGGCAGGGAGGUCGCGGAUCCGUGGCGGCGGCGGCACCACGGCACGAGCUGCAGCGGGGAGAUAGCGGGCGCCGCCAUGGCGCGGGGCUCCGGCCAGAGGGCCGCCGCCAUCGCGCGGGGCUGCGGCCAGAGGGGUGCGGGCAGAGGGUCGCCGUGGGCAGCGGCGAGGGGCGCCGCGGGCGGCGGCCAGGGGGGCGCCGCCACCGCGUGGGCUGCGGCCAGGGGGGCGCCGCCACGGCAUGGGCUGCGGCCAGGGGCGCCAUGGGCGGCUGACAGGGGCGCCGCAGGGCUCGGCCACGACGUGGGCUGCGGCCAGAGGCGCCGCGGGGCUCGGCCAUGGCGUGGGCUGCGGCCAGAGGGGCCGCGGCCAGGGGCGGCGGCGGCAGGCAGGGGCGCCGCGUGCAGGCAGGGGCUCUGCCAUGGCCGGGGCCGCCCAGCUCUGUGCGCCGCCGUGCAGUACCUCCAUGGAUUUGCUCCAAAUUGCUUCACUAAUUUUGUGGCUUUUACCUUUUUUCAGGGAUUACUGAGCAGGGAUUAUUGA